UAUUUAUUUUUCGCUUUUCAUUCACUUAGCUUUAGAAAUAUUUAUUUUAUUAUAUACUAGUAGCAUCUUGUUCAUCUAAAGUGUAGUGUUUUCCAGUUUUCAGGGUAAUACAGAGACCAGAAUUGGGUCUUUUUUCAUCUUUAUUACAUGAUGAAGUGUGAAGCGAAGGAUAAAUCAAUGGCUGAGGUGUAUGAUGAAUAUGUUAGAAGUAGUGUUUGUGAAAGAGUUGCUAUUCAAAUUCCUCAGGGCGAAAGUUCCUCAGGGAUUACUGAAGAAAGUGAACAUGCUAAGCAAUGGAAGAGACCAAAUCUAUUUGUGGAGAUACCUUCCAAAUCAUCGGAUGCCGCUAAUCAAGAGUCUGUGCAAGUUAAAAUGCUUUCAACACCCACACCUACACCAAAAAGGGUGAAUUUCCUUUUGACGCCUAGUCCUUCUAAUUCGAGAGUAAACGCUUUUCCUAGUCCCUCCUCAUGCAGAGGCAAAUCAUCCAUCAAGAAUCUUUUGCCAAGACUAAGCUUCAAAUUGCGUAAUAUGAAUUCAGAUACAGAAAAGGCAACCUUGCCAGAUUCAGAUACUUCAGCCAUGGUGCCGCAAGAGAAGGUGUCUAUACCAAGGUCAUGGUCAUUCACUAAAUUAUUUACACCACGUGUCAAAAGGACGUCAUCUUUACCCGUUACACCAAUUGAUCAUUCAAAUCCGGAGUCUGCAAGUGGAAGUAUGAGCAGAGCUCUGACAUUUGGUCCAAAAGAAACACAACUGCGGAUUUCUCGAUCACUUUCUCUACCGGUCAUUAACAAAGAUCGACGCACUAGGAGAGUUGAAUCUUUCUUUCGAGUCAUUCCUUCAACCCCUCAAGGGAAGGAUGGGGAUUCCACAGUUCCAGCUAAAGUAUCUGAAGAUGAAGAGCCAAAUGGUGAAGAUAUACCUGAAGAGGAAGCUGUUUGUCGAAUUUGUCUGGUUGAAUUAUGUGAAGGUGGGGAGACACUCAAGAUGGAAUGCAGCUGCAAAGGUGAACUUGCUUUGGCUCAUCAAGAAUGUGCUUUCAAAUGGUUCAGUGUAAAAGGUAACAGAACAUGUGAUGUGUGCAAGCAAGAAGUUCGAAACCUGCCUGUCACACUUCGUCGCCUCCAAAGUGCAAAUGUGGGAUCUAAUAGUUUUCAGCACUUGGAAAUAAACAGAUUCAGGGUAUCACAGGAACUACCAAUUCUUGUCAUUGUCAGCAUGCUUGCCUACUUUUGCUUUCUUGAGCAGCUUCUGGUCGGAUCAAUGGGUACAGGUGCAAUAGCAAUAUCAGUUCCCUUUUCUUGUGUACUUGGUCUGCUUUCGUCUUUGGCGUCGUCAACCAUGGUGAAGAGAAGGUUUGUUUGGGUUUAUGCGUCGAUUCAGUUCAUCCUCGUGGUAUUCUUUGCUCAUAUGUUCUACUCCUUGGUUCAUGUACAAGUCGUUCUUUCAAUUCUUCUGUCAACAUUUGCUGGCUUGGGGGUUGCAAUGUGUGGAUGUUCUAUACUUAUAGAGUUCUUUAGAUGGAAAAGGCGGAGACAAGCCUCGUUAGAUCAACAUCAGAAUUCCCAGCUGAAUCAAACAGAAAUACCGUCCCACAUAAGUACUCGUCAAGAUUAUCAAGUGGAUUUAGAAAAUCCAGGGACAGUUAGUAGUCAAUAAAGCUAUAGCAGCUUAUAAGGCAUUAAAAACACAGUUGUUGUGGGGAAUGGCUUGUUGUAUAGAUCUCGAAGCUACUCACCCUCCACCAGGAAAUAGAAAAGUUCAUUGUACUGUGAAAGCGUGGAAAGAAAGAUUAAAAGAAUCCCUAAAAAGCAAAAGAAAAGAUGUGAAAAGCAGACAUGUUUUAGUACACAGUUGUUGUGGAGAAUGGCUUGUUGUGUAUAAAUAAUGUUGCUUAAUCUACGAAUGAAAGAUAAGCCUUUGCCUGGGGCGGAGGAAGAGUGUUGGCUGUGGAUUUGACUGAAGCUAGUAACUUUGGUUCAAAAUUUACAUUUUUCUUAAAAAUUCAUUGAAUAUUUACAUGUCAAAGAAGUAAUAAGUAGAACUGAGUAACUUGAGUAGAAUCAUAAACUUGAAAUCUUGAUUCUGUCUGUCGUUCAGAGAGUAAAGGAAGAAAGUGACAUCUUUUUGGGAUUAGUGGAAGCAUUAUUGGAUUACUAUCUGUCUGCAACUUUCUUGUUUGAAGAUUGGGCCAUUUGUUUCUUUAGACUGCCA